CCCCAAUUUCAUUGAUUUGGGGUUUCGCCUCCUUCACAAGCAAUCAAUCAAUCGCUGUUCUUCUCCAAAAUCCUAACUUUGAUCACAUACACAAGAAUUUCAAGUACUGCAGAAACCUUGAAAACAUGGCAUCAACACCACCACCAGCAGUUCUCAGAAAGAAGGACUCAGCCAAGAAUGGAGAACAAUCUACCUCUAGAUUGCGGCCUCGUAUCAAAACAGAUAAACCAAGUCAGGUAGCAAAGUGUAUGGAAAUUCAGAGUUCUAGUAUUGUGGCAAAGAAGAGUGAAGUCCCUACAAUUGGUCAACCUUCCAAAGAUAAGAGUACUAAGAAGAGCACUGAAUCUAAUCCUCAGAGUAUUGAAGUUCAUGCUGCUGCAUCUUCUGGUAUAUCUUGCCUAUCUUUAAAGGAUCAUGGUGCUGAAACAAAGGGUAAAGAAGAUUUGAAGAAUCAGCAUGUUAAGAGAGAGGCUUCUCAGCCUCCUCAAUGUGGAAUCAAGGCUUCAUCUAAUAGCAGAAAAAGGCAGAAUGAAGAACCAAUUGCCUCUACAUUGAGGCCUCCUUUCAAAACUGAACGCGUAGGAGGAGGAAUCAAUGUGAAUAAUCCAACAGUAGAUAAACCAAGUCAAGUAUCAAAGUCUAUGAAAAAUCAGAGCUCUAGUCUUGUGGCAAAGAAGAGUGAAGUCCCUACAAUUGGUCAACCUUCUAAAGAAAAGAGCACUAAGAAGAUCAAUGAUUCUAAACCCCAGAGUAUUGAAGUCCCUACAAUUGGUCAACCUUCUAAAGACAAGAGCACUAAGAAGAGCAAUGAUUCUAAACCCCAACGUACUGAAGUACAUGCUGUAUCUUCUAGUAGAGCUUGCCUGUCUUUAAAGGUUCAGGGUGCUGAAACCAAGGGAAAACAAGAUUUGAAGAAUCAGCAUGCUCCUAAGAGAGAGGCCAAUGCUUCAUCUAGUAGCAGAAAAAAGCAGGAUUCAAAAAUUACAAAGAACCAGAGUUCUGUGACCAACAAGAGUAAAGCCUAUGAACCCUCUUCUUCUAAUAUUAGGAGGGGGAAAGAGAAGAUCAUACCUUCACUGAGACAAGCGAAAAGACCAAUGAAUGAAGACCCAAUAUACUAUAUUACGUGUGAAGGCUCUGAAGAAAUGCAUACGUUUUGGAAUUGCGCUUUAUGUGAGGGAUCAAUGGAAUAUCCAAGUAAUGAUGAACAAAGUGAGUAUUUGGAUUCUUUAUUGUUGCAUGAGAUAGAGGAAUUGGGUCCUUUUUUUCCAGAAGCUGCUGUUCUUCAAUGUGGUCAUGUCUUCCACAGCACAUGUUUGCCAUUGGAGCUAACUGAGCUCAUUGAUCCUCCUUGUCCUCUAUGCCUUAGCUGUUAGUAGUGAUAUUUAUCCUCCUCAUUUUUAAAAACUCAUCAAAUUGGAUUUAUAAAUCAUGUGAACAAAAGAAAAUUUAACAGAAGUCAUAUUUUACAGUCA